UUGUCUUUUGAUAAAGGAUUCUUACUCGGGGCGAAGGCAGACAUGGAGGAGCUGAGCGCCGUGGGAGAGCAGGUUUUUGAUGCGGAAUGCAUUUUAAACAAACGCCUGAGAAAGGGAAAGUUGGAGUUUCUUGUGAAGUGGAGGGGAUGGUCAUCCAAACACAACAGUUGGGAGCCCCAGGAAAACAUCCUGGACCCGCGACUGUUAGCUGCAUUCAACAAGAAAGAGCAGGAAAAGGAGCUUCUGAUACGUAAGAAAGGGAAAAGGCCGAGGGGACGACCCCGGAAGAUCCUGGAAAACGUGCCUCAAGCUCCAAAGUCAAGCAGCUCUUCAUCUGGCUCGUCCUCGUCGUCCUCCGAUUCCUCGUCCUCGUGCUCCUCCUCGUCAUCCUCAUCGGACGACGACGACGAAGACGACAGCCACGUCAAACAAGCGAACCCGAGCAUCAGAACACUUAAUCCUGUCCCUCAGAAGAAGGCGCAGAUUGUCGUGGCCAAACAGGAGCCCCCAAAGAAGCGGAGCAGGAAACCGCUGCCCCCUGACGUUAAGGAAUUUCAACAGAACAAGGGCCCUCGGAAAAUCCUCAAGACGUUUAAAGAUACGGAUCUUCCAGGAGCCAUCAAGAAGCCGGUUCACCCAGCAAGCUUCACAUUCAUGGGUUUUCAUCGGGGCUCGGCGAGGGAUCCAGUGGCUGGUCAGAACAGGAGCUCGCUGACUCCAGGGGGUGCUGUUAAAAACUCAUUGAGCUCUGUAGGAUCGGGCAGGUCUGUCCAACCUGCCUCCCCCUCCCUGAACAAAUCCAGUCAGAGCAGGAAUGUCACCGAGGCCAAACUGUCCAUCUCCAGUAUGAACAGCGGGACAAGUCUGGAUUUGAAAGCAGCUGCAAGUAAAUCAAAAGGGGUAGCAGCUUUGAAUACGUCCAAACAGCCUGUUCAAGGAACCACUCAGCAGACACUAAAUUCCCCCAACGGACAAAAGAAACCCCAGGGUCCUGUGUCAACACUGCAGAGGAUACCCAAUACUAAAGCAGUGGCUUCCUUACCAUCCAAGAAUGCCUCCUCUAAUCAGGGUUCUGGCCUUCAGCCGCUCAACCUUCAGAACAAACUGGUUCAGAGUAACGAUGCUCCUGGAAAUGGUACGACUCCAGUGUCAGGCCUGAGAAAUACAACAAACCCAGCAAGGAAAACUACAUCCACACAAAAUCAAGAGUACAAUCCUCCUAAGAGUCCGGCGACACCUGGAAGACCACAGCCCAGAAAGAACCAGCCUGGAGCAGACAAGGUGACGGAGGAAAUCCAGACCCCCAGGGUCCAAGGCCGACUGGAGAAGACCAGCGUGCAGAAAUCCUCCGCGGACGUCCAGAGCCAGCAGGAGAGAUCAGCCUCCAGAGAUGGCAAGAAAGCCAAAAUGACCGACAUGAGCACCGGAGAAGAUGAGAGCAGCUCAGACUCCGACCAGGACUAUGCCGGACCGAAUCACUCGAUGACGGUCCAGAACCAGGACUGGAAGCCGACACGGAGCCUGAUAGAACAUGUGUUUGUGACGGAUGUCACUGCUAAUCUGGUUACUGUCACGGUGAAGGAGUCGCCAACCAGCGUGGGCUUCUUCAGCAUCCGCAACUACUGACCAAACGCCACACGCUGCAGACCAGAUGGGCUUCACGAGCAUCGAGGACUGGAGGUUCUUCGCCUUCUUUUAGGGAGAGACCAGUGUUUUAGGUUGAAAAAAGAUCAGUUAUUGAUUUUGAUUAUUUAUUUGCUCAUGUCCACACAUUGUUCAAGAAACAGCAGUGGAGGAAACCCACAGGAUGCAUUUUGAGUCCACAAUUUCAUCGUUACACAUGAAACUAACUACCUUAUUCACGGGGUUAGGAAGGGUGUGAAGGUUUUCUAACCAGUUUGACACUAAGCUAAAAAGCCAGACUGGACCAGUAUACUGAAUUUUACCACCAGGUGUCUUACUUGAAUCAGCAGCCACUUCACUUGAGCCCAUAAAUAGACGUGUAGCGGCCUCACAGUCCACCGGGACAGCAGUUACGUGUCAUGACUAAUUGUGUUUUUAUUUCUUACAACAACAACAACCAUUCCACCUAACUCUUCUAAAGUUCAACAUCUAAAAAAAUUAAACACUGCUUGUUCUCUCCACCUACAUCUGCAUGAAAGGAAUUGGGUUUAACCUGGUUACCGCCAAAACCGUAACCUUUCCCACCCAGGUUAUUCUCGCCUUUUACGUAAGAAGCAGGAAAUGUGAGAUGAGGCAACAUUUUGGAUAUCAUUACGUAUUGACGCGGGCCAAGUGUUGUCUUUUCCUGGUUUUAAGGACUCCACUACAGUAAAAUGAUGUCAUUUUCUGAUCAUACUGGAUUGUUCUAGCUUUUCUGAUGUUUGAUUAAUUAUCAUUGUGUUAAUGUUUUGGGAACGCUCUAGCAGUUCUUCAGUGUCGUUGCAACAUCAGUAUCAGGGUUUCUGGUGUGGUGAUAUGAUCUCGUCCAUAUUGUUCAGCCCUGGUAUCGAGACAAAACGCCACUGCCCCAAGUCGGUCACUGAAUCUGAAAUAUUAAUGCUGUUGCUCUCACACAAGUUGAUCUCUCUUAUCCACACAACACAACAGUUCAAUGGAAUAGUGAAGAAGUGAAACGGGUGUGUGCAGGAGGGUUAGCUUCUUUAAUCGGUAGACAUUUAGCUCAUAACGUGUCCGUGUUGUGAAUCCAUAUCAGUCGAUAGCUUACGUAAACCAGUUCUUAAUUCUUAUAUAGUAUAGUUUAUUUUUUAAUGUUUCCUAAAUUAGCUACCUCCUUUAUUUGGUGCAUAUGUAUUUGUAUUCAUUUCUCGUGGGAUAGGAGAACCUUUCCCUGCAGGGUAUACCAUUAUUGUGUCCAUAUACUUGUUUUUGUAUAGCUCAAAGUGUAUUGGACUCUCAUGCUGUUUGAACUUGUGUUAGCACCAGCGACCAGCUCGAGCAGCUACUCUCUCUGUGUAAUGAAAAAUCGGAACAGCCUUGAAUUUCCACACUUUGAUCGGCUGUGUUUUCCAAACGUGCUGAAGCAUGUGGGGAAUCAGACACAGCGUCUGUCCUCCUCCCAGACUCGGUCCUGGCUGAGGUUUGUGUCCUUGCAUCGCUUCUGUCCUUCGACGAGGUUUUCACCAGCAGCUUCUCAGACUUGUAAUUAAUAUGGACAAAACUCCCAGAGAUUAAGAGCUCGUGUUGACACAGCAGGAUGAUCACGGACAGUCUGUCUGAGCUUCCCAUGAGUCUUUGAGCUCGCUGAAGGCUUUGAAACCACCGUGGGAACAGUUGGGCGUGGACGAAGCCUGACAAUAAACUGCUCGGCAUUGUUAGUCGCUGACCACAAAACACCAGAUUUCAUUUUGUCUGUUGUUACCGGUGUUUCAAAAAUGUCAAGUAGUGCAACACCAGAUUUUUUUUCUUUCACUUGCAGCUGCAGACGUCUCAUUUCACCCGCCUGUAUGGGCUUAGGAGCUGCAGGCCCAGCCUCCCAGAGAGGAGGAAAAAAGGUUUUUUAUCUGAUGUAACGGAAAAGAAACCACAACAAUGUGCGCUACUUUCUACUCCCUCGAGAGGAGUUCAGCAACCAAGCACUUCGACUGAACUCUUCUGUCUAAUCCUGCUCUGCAGACUGUGCCUUUCUUUCUUUCAAAGCCUAAACACAAAAGGCAUUACCCCAAAGAUAGCUAGAAUUUCAGGUUGCUCGAUACUGGAGUACCCCCUGAGCAUAGCACGGAGGCUGGACCGUUUCUAUUGUCUUAUCUGUAUUGUGUUGAAAUGGGAGGGGAAAAAAAAGACCUUGCAAGCGACUUAUCACAAAUUCAUGGAGCUGAUGAAUAUUUGAUGCCUUAUUGAAGCAAUAAGAGCGGUUUAGGUUCAAGUUAGAGAGGUAGUUUAUAUUCAGGACCAGUUGCAAAACAUAACAAUAUUACAUGUGCUACAGGUGAAAACGUUAGUGUCAGUAGACCUCCAGUUUCUGUCUCCCUCAGACUGAACCAGGUGGAUGGUCGAGAUUGCUGUCAUUUAUCACCACCGCGUGACAGGCUGUGGGGUAACGCAAGGUGCUUAUAUGAUUUAUUUUUAUCGUAUCUGAUUUCUUAACUGAUGAAAAGAACAACCGUGGAAUAAACAUGUGGUCUUUUUUUUUUUAGCUCUACUAACCGCCUCAGUGGAAUGUUGUCUUUAUAAUCUAUUUAUUUCAAAUCGAGAGCCUUUCAGGGUAGAACAGAGUCACCAAUACUUGUACUGACUAAUAAAUGGUACAAC